AUGGAGUUUACCAGGAGCUGCCUAAACAUUUGGUUAACUUUAUGCUUAUUUCCAAGAACCUGUGUAUCAAAUCCUUCAAAACCCAAUUUUUUACUGAUACUAGCUGAUGAUCUUGGUAUUGGAGAUGUGGGUUGCUAUGGCAAUGAUACAAUAAGGACCCCUAACAUUGAUGGCCUGGCAAAGGAAGGAGUGAGACUUACCCAGCACAUUGCUGCAGCUGCUGUCUGUACUCCGAGUAGAGCAGCUUUCCUGACUGGCAGAUACCCCAUCAGAUCAGGCAUGGCAUCCGGCACUCAACAGCAGGUUCUCUUUUGGAACGGGUGUUCUGGUGGGCUCCCACCAAACGAAACUACUUUUGCCAGAAUACUGCACCAGCAAGGUUAUUCUACAGCACUUGUAGGGAAGUGGCAUAUGGGUGUGAACUGCAAAUCCCGCCGUGAUCACUGCCACCAUCCUUUAAAUCACGGCUUUGAUUAUUUUUAUGGCAUGCCUUUUACCCUUUUGAAUGAGUGUCAAGGCACAGAUGACCCUGAACUGGCCAAGUCUUUGCAAGAUUCAUACCGGCUUUACACACAGAUGAUCAUCCUUGCAGUGCUUACUCUUUUGAUUGGAAAACUUACCCAUUUAUUCUCAGUAAAAUGGAAAAUAAUUAUAUAUCUAACCAUCUGUGGUCUCCUGUAUUUCAUCUCCUGGUUCUCCAGCUAUGGUUUCACCAAGUACUGGAACUGUAUCCUGAUGAGAAACCAUGAUAUCACUGAACAACCAAUGAAUCUAGAAAAAACUGCUUCUAAUAUGCUGAAGGAGGCAGUUUCAUUCAUUGAAAGAAACAAGCAUAGACCAUUUCUUCUCUUUGUUUCCCUUUUACAUGUUCACACCCCUCUCAUUACCACAGAGGAGUUUCUGGGAAGAAGCAGGCAUGGCCUAUAUGGAGAUAAUGUAGAGGAGAUGGAUUGGAUGGUGGGAAGGCUUCUGGAUGUUAUUGACAAAGAAGGCUUGAAGAAUACCACAUUCAUUUAUUUUGCAUCUGAUCAUGGAGGAUCCUUAGAGGCUCACAGAGGAAAUGCUCAGUUGGGUGGAUGGAACGGGAUCUAUAAAGGUGGAAAAGGCAUGGGAGGCUGGGAAGGAGGCAUCCGUGUCCCAGGAAUAGUUAGAUGGCCAGGAGUAUUACCCGCAGACACAGUUAUCGAUGAACCGACAAGCCUAAUGGACAUUUUCCCAACAGUGGUUCACCUGGCUGGAGGGGCUGUGCCUCAGGACAGGGUAAUCGACGGGCACACCUUGCUGCCUUUGCUGCAGGGGACAGUUCAGCACUCCGGGCAUGAGUUCAUGUUUCACUACUGCGGUGUGUUUCUGCAUGCAGUGCGGUGGCACCAAGAGGACC